AUGGCAGAGAAACCUUCCCCGGCGCCCAGCACCGAAUCCACUACCGAAGUCCAGCUCGGCAGCAACGUGGCGGCGGUGCGCCGUGAGAUUUUCGAAACCGCCGACGAGGUGUGGACCCGGGGCGCUGGCCAGGCGCCGAUGAUUAGCAAGCGCCGCAAGCAAUCCUUGAAGAGCUCCCGCGGCCGAGUGGCCAUCGUCGAUGGCUGUCGGACCCCGUUUGCCAAGGCUGGCACGGUGUAUUCACAAAUGGACGUGGUCGAUCUGGCCGGUCGGUCGGCGGCGGCACUGGUCAGCCGUAUGGGGCUCGACCCUGGCGAGAUCGACUCGUCGAUCUUCGGCGUCGUGAUCCCGGCCCUGGCGGCUCCCAACCUGGGCCGUGAGGUGGUGCUGCGGGCUGGGCUGCCGAAGACCAUCGCCGGCAGUACCGUCAACCUGGCUUGCGCGUCGUCGAAUCAGGCCAUCACCAGCGCCGCCGAGUCGAUCUUGGCGGGCCAGGCCGAGGUCGUGCUAGCGGGUGGCGCGGAGUCGCUGUCCAACCCGCCGAUCCUCUAUUCGCGCAAUGCGUCGAAGCGCUUUGUCGAACUCAGCAAAGCGCGCUCGAUGGCGCAGAAGGCCCAGAUAGUCGCCAAGCUGCGCCCCAAGGAUCUAAUGCCGGUGCCCCCGGCGAUCGCCGAGUACACCACCGGCAUGACCAUGGGCCAAGCGUGCGAGAAGAUGGCCAAAGAGAACGGCAUCUCGCGCCAGGCUCAGGACGAAAUCGCUUUGCUUUCUCACCAGCGGGCCGCCCACGCCACCGCCGCCGGCUGGUUCGACGGCCAGAUCGUGCCGACCUUUCCCGAGCCGCAGUGGGAUCAACCGGUGACCUCGGACACCGGCAUCCGAUCCGCUACCUCGCUGGAGCGUUUGGCAGAGCUCAAGCCGGUGUUCGACCGCGCCUACGGCACCCUGACCGCAGGCAACUCCAGCCCGCUGACCGACGGCGGCUCGGCGGUCGUGCUGAUGACCGAGAAGAAGGCCAAGGCGCUGGGCUACGAGCCCCUGGGCUACAUCCGCUCCUACGCCUACGCGGCGCUCGAUCCGGCGACCCAGCUGUUGCAGGGGCCGGCCUACGCCGCGCCUCUGGCGCUCGAUCGCGCCGGGAUGAAACUGGCCGACAUCGAUCUAGUGGAGAUGCACGAGGCCUUCGCGGCGCAGAUUCUUUCCAACAUGAAGGCAUUCGCCUCGAAGCGUUUCGCCCGCGAAGAGCUCGGCCGCAGCCAACCGCUGGGGGAGAUCGAUUUGGAGCGCUUCAACGUCACCGGCGGUUCGAUCGCCAUCGGCCAUCCGUUUGGCGCUACCGGGGCGCGGGUCACCAUGCAAGUACUCGGUGAGCUCGCCCGUCGCGGACUGUCGACAGGCCUGAUUACGGUUUGCGCCGCGGGCGGCAACGGCUUCUCGAUGGUGGUAGAGCGUUGA